GUUUCAUGGCUAACGUUAGUUGUGGCGUUCCGGGUAGUGUAAUUCACAUCCUUCACAUCUUCUGUUGUGUUGUGGUUCCUGUAGAAUUUUUGAAAAAUGGUUGGGGUUCCCCUUUAAGUUAAGUGUAUGGUUUAACUCCAGGCUCAUUCCUGCUAAACGAAACCAAAGUGAAACGGAUCCGGAACUGAGCGACGAGACUGAACUUGGAAUCCGUUCCACCUUAAAACCUGCCGCAGUUCACUCAGCACAGGCUGAUCAGGGCUGAGCGGCUCCUCCUCAGUUUCAGAACUGAGAGAGGAGAAAUGGAGGAAUAUCUUCACCCCAUCAGUGUGGAGGCUGUGGAGGGUCGCUGGCCGUCAGCCUCCACCAGGACCCUCACUGCCAAACUCCAGAUUUACUUUCAGAGCAGGAAGAAGUCUCAGGGUGGAGACUGUGUGGUGAGUUUCUCCGAGGACAGCAGCGCCGCUACUGUUCUCUUCAGAUCAGCUCAGACUCGAGAUCAGGUUCUGGCUAAAGGAGAUCACUCCAUAACUAUUGAAAACCAGCUGGUGAAACUGAAGGUGUUCAAACCCGGUGAUGAAGGAAAUCAGACCGCAGAGACCAGCCGAGCAGCUGGAGCAGGAAGUGCUAUGGCAGUUGACCUUCAGCAACCAGGGAGUAUUUCAGAAUGGACUGAUCAGGAGGUACGCAUGGGGUCAGUCAGUCUACCUCCAAACGUUAGCCCUGAUGGGAUUCAGAGUGACCCAGCUGAGGAAUCGCUCAAGGAUUGUUUGGAAGACCCUCCACAGUCCAAUAAUGUGGCACUGGAGAAACUUCCAGACAGCUUUUCCAAAGAUGUUCUUGUGCUUUUACUGGAGAAAAUCAGUGGUGUUCCUGAAAAGGAGUUCACCCUGGAGUUAAUAAGAGAAUCAAACAUUGCUGUUGUGAUCUUUAAUGACCUCGAAGUUGCUGAGAAGUUUCUCAUGGAGAGCCGGAGCCAUAAGAAGUUCCAGCAGUAUGGUGUUAGAGCUCGAGCUCUGGAAAAACGUAGAAGUGUUAAAGUGGAAAACGUACAUGGCGAGAUCUCAGCAGACCUGCUAGAAGUUUACUUUGAAAAGUGCAUUGGAGCUGUGGAGAAAGUCACCAUGAUUCCAGAAGAGCAGGCUGCCAUAGUCACAUUUCACAGUGAAGAGGAUGUAAAAAAAGUCCUGGGAAAACGAUGCAUCAUUAACAGAAUUGUCUAUAUAUACCCAUAUUUCAUAUCUUUGGGUACUGCCUUGUAUGGCAAAGACAGACCAACAUGGGCACUGCCCAAACCUUUCACAGAGAAGAUCCAUCCUGCUAUCAGGGAAUUCCUCAAUAAGAAGGGGCUGAUAUCUUCCAUCUGUCAAGAGAUGAUCUCACUUUUCUGCCACGUGAACAUGGACAAAGCUGAAGUACAGCUUAGUCCUCAUUUUACACUCUUGAAGCAGAAGGGUAUAACCAAGAGUCACAUAAUAGACACCUGGAAGAAAAAUGCCACAGAUGGCUUUAGAAAAAUACUCUCCAGCUACGCUGUUUUUGAGCAUCAAGUGAUCCCCUCUGUUUGGUCUGCAGUAGAGAAAGACAUCUGGUCAGUAGUGAAAGACAAUGCUUCUGUCAGGAUGUCUGACGGAGUCCUGGCAGUGGCUGGAAUGGCUCAAGACAUUAAACUGCUCACGCCAAUUUUGAAAAAUCUUUUAGAGACGGCAUCAGAUCAGGUGGAAAGGGACAAGAACGGCAUCUCAGAAACUUUCGAGGUGCCCCCUGCCAUGUUCUCGUUGCUUCUGCAGGAAGGACUUCAAAGCAGAGCUGCAGCUAAAUAUCCCAAGCUGGAGCUUGCAUACAAAAAAGACACCAAUCAGUUAACAUUGCGUGGUCUUCCUGUGGAAAUUAUUAACAUCAAAAGUCACGUCCUUGAGAGGAAACUGAACAUGAAACAGAAGAUUCUGAAAAUGGAUGCUUCGUUACUGGAGUUCCUGAGAUCAGUGGACUGUGAGGUGAUGUCAGGAGAUCUGUUCACAUCCAAGGGAAUCAGUGCAGUCUGCACAGUUGAAAAUGGGGAUGUUGUGUUGACUGGGAGCUCCGACAGAUCACUGACUGUGGCAGAGAAAGCUCUUCAAACGGCACUUGCGUCCAGUACCCUCUCUUUAGAGGACUUGGGUGUGCUUGAAAAGCCAGAAUGGCGCUCUCUCAACGAUCAACUGUGUGAAACCUACAACUCCAGCAAGAAAACGGUGAUUGUAAAACCCUCAGAACAGAAGGAUAGACUUGUAGUGUUUGGCUUUCAGCAACCAGUCUUGGAGGUCAACAAGAGCCUGAAGAAAUUCAUCAACACACGCUCAAGAAUUGAAAGAGUUAUUCAGGUCAAAUCAUGCGCUGUGGUGAAGUUCAUAGACGAGAAAAAGGCACCUGCUUGGCAGAAAUUUGUAAAGCCCAAUGAGGUAACAGUUCAUUUUGACCAAAAAACACCCUCGAUCCGACUGUCUGGGGAGCGUGUGCACGUCCAACCAGCCGUAGAGAACUUUCAGAAGAUUGCAGACGCUCUCCACACGGAUAGGCUGACGAUUAAGAAAGCAGGUGCUAAAAAGUACUUCCAGGAGCAUGGAAGCAUGUUCUUAGUGCUGAUAAAGGAACAUAGAUUUGUGGUCGUGUUUGAUGAAAGGCCAGGUUCUACCACGAAAGAAGGACAUGCCAUUCAGGAAAAGGCACCUGUUGUCAGAUCCUCAGCAUCUCCUGAACCCUCUGCAAAUGAAGACUUUGUGAAGGUGGGUGAGGAGUUUGAGCCGGCGGUGUUUCAGCUUUGUGGAGAGACCCAGCAGGACCUGAAUGAAGCCCGAGAACUGAUCAACAGCUUCCUUGUGAAGGAACAAACGAGUUCAUCCAUCCAAGACCCCUCCAUCAACUAUUUCACCAGAGAGGAUGCAAAGAUGCUGACUAACCUGCAGAGGGAGCUCACGGUCAGCAUCCGGUUGAAGAAGAACGGCCCAGAGCUGGUCAUCAUCGUGGAGGGCCUGAUCCGAGACGUGGUCAAGGCGGAGAGCGCCAUCCGGGACAUGAUCCGCAAAGUGGAGAAGAACGAAGCCCAAAAACGUGAGGUCUUCAUGGUCACCAGCUUUGUAGAGUGGCAGUACCUGGACAGCGCAAAUCAACUGGUACCUUUUGACAUUUUAACCAACUAUGACUUGGAGGAGGCUUUUGUACUGAAACAGUCUGGCUUGAAGAUCAGGAUCAAUAACGAGGAGUUUGAGGUGGAUUUAACCCAAAGAGUUGCUGUUGGCAAAAGCGAGAGGAUUGAAUUGAAGAGAGUUGACCGCAGAGAUGACUCCUCUGUGCCUCUGCCCGGUCACUGGGAGGACAUGACGGGAAGCUUUGUUAAGCGGGUCCAAAUUCAACAAGGCAGCCAGGAAUACACAGAUGUGGAGAAUGAGUUCAGAAGAACUGGACUGAACAGUAAAAUCCUUAAUAUCGAGAGAGUCCAGAACAGCACUCUGUGGAGGAGCUUCACAAUCCAGAAGAAUCACUUAGAUGACAAGAACAAGCACAGAAACAAUGAGAGGAGGCUGUUCCAUGGCACCGGCUCAGAUAAGAUCGACAAGAUCAACCACCAAGGCUUCAAUCGGAGCUAUGCUGGGACGCAUGGUGCUGCAUAUGGGAAUGGUGUGUAUUUUGCUGUUGACCCAAGUUACUCAGCCAGGGGAUACUCCAAGCCUGACCAACAAGGUCAUAAGCACAUGUAUCUGGCCAGAGUGCUGGUUGGUGACUUCACUACAGGGAAGUCUGGUCUUCUUUUACCUCCAGCCAAGAGCUCUACAGCCACAGAUUUAUAUGACAGUGUCACUGAUAAUCAACAAAACCCAACGAUAUUUGUGAUCUUUCAUGACGUGCAGGCGUAUCCAGAAUACCUGAUCACCUUUCAGUAGGAGUAGGAAUUUAUUUUUAAUUAGCAAUUGUGGAUUGAUUAAGGAACUUGCUGUCCUUUUUUGUUCUUAUUGAUAUUACUGUAAGAUGCACAUUUUUAGUAAGUACUCAGAGCACUGACCGUUUGCAAAAUAAUGACUGACCCAUCUCUCAGCCAGCCACAUUCACCAUCAAGCAAAAAUCUUUGUUUUAAAGGUUAAAGGUUACUGAGGAACGUUUAAUUAGGACACAUUAUCUUGAUCAUCUGGAGGGUGGUUUGUUUUUUUUACUCUUAAUGUUGAAAAAGUUCAAUGACAAAACUAUUAACAGGCUCUAAGGCAGGCAUGUCAAACUGGGGACCUUCCGGGCCAAAGUGCUGCAGAGAUCAGCGUUUACCCUCAUCUGACGCUCUUAAAUUAGUUCAUAAAGGCCUUGCUAAUUAGCUGAUGAGCUGAAUCCAGUGUGUUUAAUGAGUGCAGUGUUUUGGCUCUCGAGGACUGGAGCUUUAAGAUGAACUAAAGUUCAUUGAGGUUAUUUUACUUGCCAAUGCUAAUUUUGAUAUGAUGACGAUAAACAACUUCUAGCGACCUUAACUGGCUUUUCUCAACUUAGCUGUUUAUAGUUAGCUUGAUAAAUUAGUCAGAUUAAACACCCUUCUGAAAAAAAAAAUAAAAAAAACAGCAUGAGUUCCAUGCUGGUCUGUGCUGGAUUAUUUGGGUCUGGACCUGGUCCAGUGCUGGUUUUGCUGGUCACCCACCAUGGUCACCAUCAGAUUAGCGUAUCAUUGCUUUUGGAACAAAACCUCAUAUCCAAUUUUUUUCCGUUCUCCUUUUUUUAAAAAAUGUAUUUACAUAAUUUAAAAAUGUCAGCUGCUCUUUAUAUUCUAUCAAAAUUUCAUGAUGAACGGACCAAAAGAAAAUAGCCCAAAAUUAGACAAAAUGUUUACAUUGACUGACUUACAUGGAAAGUUAAGAAUUUUUGUUCCUUCUCCUCUAAAAUUACCCUUUUGGAGAACAUUUCAUUCCGACUGACAAAAUCCUGAUUUGACUGGUGAACAUCAUGCUAGUCUAUGGGGGUUUGCUUUUUUUUCUAGCAGGUCGAGACUGUAGACCCCUCACAUUUGAGAUUGCAUCAUUCCGUGUAAAUAUUAAUGCGCUUAUAUAUGUAAUGAUGCCAUUCGUAUCAUCUCAUUAAAGUUUGCUGAGUAGAAGAAGACGAGUUCUCAUCAGCAUCUAACUCUGCACUGAAUAGCUCCAACGUUAGCAUUAGCGCUAGCUCAUCUGAAGGGGCAGCGUCAUUCAAACCUCCUCAGUUAUCUUUAAAGCCAAUGGCUGUAACGUCCACCAGAUGAAAGACGUAAUUAUUGUAAACAUGGUUUCCAGAAUGCUUUUUCUCUAUAAAUACAAAGGGUGCUACAGAUACAACCAGGUAGCCUGACCUCAAAGUUUGACAUGGCAGCAGUAACCAAAGGAGGAGGGGCUGGUCAGAAUUUUGCAAACGGUCAAUUGUUGGUGAAAUGUAUAACAAUCUAAUAUCUAAUCUAUCAAAUAUGACCUAUUUUGCUUGUAAGGUCACAAUGACUGCUAGAACAAAUGUGCAGAAUUGACAUCAAAAGUUAUUUCAACUUAUGUAACUGCAUGAAAAAUGAAGGUUAUUAUAGUUGCAAGAUUUUUUCCACACUGACAAGAUUUAACAUCAGAUAUUGUGACAUUCCCUGAAGCUUUCUUGCUAUGCAGUACUUCCUACUGCCACAAGAGGUCAGGAAACACAAAUGCACUGAGAUCAUUUAGUUGCAAAGGCAGAACAGACGGGCAAUCGUUUAUAAUAAGAGUUUACAAUAAAGCGCUUUUCUUUUGUUUGUAUUAUCAUAUAUGUGUGCAAAAACUAUAAUUAAACAGACGGUUGUCAGGUGUGGACCUCCUGAGACCCCCAGCCUCUGUGUUAAGUACAUUUUUUCAUUAUUCUUGCUAUUUAUUGCUAGUAGUAUCUGCUAACGACACAAAAUUAGCAGCAUUGAACAGGAAGUAGUUUGUGAAAAAGUGAUAUCCUCAUUAAGACAGUGGGCUUAAAUUCUUUUAACAUUUUAAAAUUGCUUGACAUGCACCAACUGACCAGUCCAUUAAAACAGACUGUAGUCCA